UGCGUCUCUGGCCUCGCUGGCCUUUGGGGGAUGGUUCCAUCAUGGCGUCAAUGCAGAAACGACUACAGAAAGAAUUGUUGGCUUUGCAAAAUGACCCACCUCCUGGGAUGACUUUAAAUGAAAAGAGUGUUCAAAAUUCGAUUACACAGUGGAUUGUAGACAUGGAAGGUGCACCAGGUACCUUAUAUGAAGGGGAAAAAUUUCAACUUCUAUUUAAAUUUAGUAGUCGGUAUCCUUUUGACUCUCCUCAGGUCAUGUUUACUGGUGAAAAUAUUCCUGUUCAUCCUCAUGUUUAUAGCAAUGGUCAUAUCUGUUUAUCCAUUCUAACAGAAGACUGGUCCCCAGCGCUCUCAGUCCAGUCAGUUUGUCUUAGCAUUAUUAGCAUGCUUUCCAGCUGCAAAGAAAAGAGAAGACCACCAGAUAAUUCUUUUUAUGUGCGAACAUGUAACAAGAAUCCAAAGAAAACAAAAUGGUGGUAUCAUGAUGAUACUUGUUGAUGCCACUGUUAUCAUCCUCCUAGCAGAAGAUAGUCCUACUGAGAAAAUGAGCACUUUGAUCAUUCAGUCUUUGAACUUUAACCUUUGACUGGAAGUGACCUAUAGGCAAUGAAGACUACUUCCUUUUACUGCAUUUUUACUCGUGUGCAUUCUGGGCGCAUGUUGAUCGCUGGUUCAGUCCACGCAACUGACAUGCUUAUAUUAGUCAUACAGUAUUAAUGCAGGUGUCAGGAAAUGUCAAAUAUAAUUCCAUUUUUUAUUUUUAUUUUUUUAAGCUUUUGGAAAAGUUCCAGGUCCUCAUGUAUUGUGCAAUAACAAUGACUUCCUUGGUGGUUUUGGGACGUUCAUUGCCGGCAAUGAACGUUGUAACAGGAAAAGUUUUCAUUAACUCCUGCCACUCAAUGAUUAAUGCAUGAUAGGGCCUAUGAAAUGAACUUUUAUCAGCUAUGGUGGGAUUAUAAAUAAAGUGAGGGAUCCAACAUUACUUUGAAAGUCACCCCAACUGUUUAUAUUUGGAUUCUAUGCACUGUGAUCCUAAGGUUAACAGCAUGAAUUAACAUGCGUCUUUAAAGGACUGUAAUGAAAGAUCAUUGCAUAUUUAUUUAAUUGUUUAUAUCUGCUGUCAAAUUGUUUUGACAUGGAAGGUUUUCAAGUAACAUUGGCAGAGAGGUACAAUAUGUUAUCCCUAUGGUGAAAAUAAAUUCAUUUGUUGUAUAUAGUUCCUCAAUCUCUGAAGUAAAGGUAUGAGUAAUAUAGGGUAUGAGUGGUUUAAUCAAGGCUUUAUUUUGGAAGUAAGAAAAAUGGCAGUGAUGAAUAAAUUGCUGCAGUCCAUCAUUUGGGCUUGUCAUUUGUACAUUAAAGAUUUUUUCCAAGUAGAUUACACUCUGUUACUUCCUGCUAGCCAUCAGCAUGAGCCCUACUGCCUAAACACUAUUUCAUUUAUUUAUGUUUGGAAAAUCUAUAAACAUUUUUGUUUGCAAUCUUGUUGCUUUUGUUACAUUUUAAGUCAAGUUUGAAUGUUAUAGUACUUUAAUUGGAAAACUUUUGUCGAGUUUUUUCUUGUAAAAUUUCUUUACCUGUAAGUAUCAUCUUGUUCUUCGAUCCUGUACCCUAAAAUAAGAAAUACAUUUUUGACAGAGGCUUAAUGUUUUAACAAAAGAGUGUGGACAUUUUUAUUUUAAAAUUUAGGCAGAAGUACACUAUAAAAAUGGUAUGUUUGCUUAUUUGUCUCACACAACCAUAUAGAUUUUCCUGGAGGAUUUUGUUUUGUUUUCUUGUUGAAAAGAUUUUGCUUACAGCUAGAUAAAGUUUUUCUAUUAAAAAAAAUUGUUGAAAGGUCCCAUUCUCAGUACCAUGUAAGUUAAUGAUAUAACAACUAGGUUCUCUUUUUAAAAAGUGAUUAAUGUAUUUUAUAAAUUACCUUUUCACAUAUGCAAAAUCUGUUUCUACUACAAUGUUAUUUUUACUAAUGCCUUAUUGUUGCACUCUUUUUGAAAUAUCCUGCAGUGAAUUUAUUAAUCAAUUUGGGCUUUAAAAUAAAAGCCAGUUGGCUGAAAGGUCUGAAAUAUGUACCCCAGUAAAACCAUCCAAUCAAUAAUUGGUAAAUGAUAUUUUAAAAAAUUGUUUUUAAUCUCUGUAGAUGACAUUUUGUAGCUUUAUACAUGUUGUUAAUUAAGGGCAUAUAAUUUUACACUCUAAAAGUAUAAUUGCUGAACUCAGGGGUGGGUAGACUUCAAAAAUAUGUCUGCUGUAGAAACAACUUGAAAAAAGUUUUAAACCAUGGCCAGCCACCAAAUUGUGGACACUGUUUAUACUGCUUGUUAGCAGCUACCACUUUAAAAAAAUCAUAAACAUUUUUGUUCUGUUUAACUAGAUAUAUGUAAGUUCUCAGUGAUCACUAUCAGUUUUAUCAGUUGCCCUGUUUAACCUAGAUGAAAAAAACUUUGAAUUAUUCUUAGUUUUUAAUAGCUUUUAACAUAAAAGUUGUAGCUGUAAAUUAUGUAUUUUCAUAUUUUACGUAAUUGCUCUAAACUACUGAUUAACUUGAUCUUUUUCGAUGGGGGCGGGCAGGAAAUCUUUCUCCAUAUUGCUGGCCCUGUUACUAAAAUCAUUUUAUAAAGAAAUGACCUGUGACAUUUUUUCACCAAAGGAAUCAAUAUACCAGGUCAAAGGUUAACAAUGCUAUACUAUAUAUUAAUAGGUCUUAUAUAGCCUCAGUUAAGUUUUUUACAAUAGUGUUUUAACAUACCUCUCUCUACAUAUAGAUAUCAUAAAGUAAAAUGAAGCAGAGGAAAGAAAAACCAAAUUAUUUCAGUACAUUUUAUGACUUAAAGAAAAUAAGAAAUAUCCUAAAAUAUAGGCGCACCAACCAUUCAGAAUUCAUAAUCAGGUUAAUAGUACUUCCUGGAAAUUAGGAGUCAGUGAAAAUUCCUUUGCACUUAGAUUUAAUUAUUUUAUAUGUAAGUUACAUUAUUAAAAGUCAUAAGACAUUAAUCUGAGUCAUUGCUUUUCCAAGGGCAAGUAAUGGCUUUGUAAUAAGAAAAGAAAAAAUUCUCUGUAAUGUGUUGUUUAAAGGCAACCAGAAUACCUAGAAAUGUACAUAGGAAUAUGCUAAUACCCUCUUCCCUCCAUGGGGCUUUAGGCCUACAGAAUUAUACUUUCAUACCUAGAAGAUAUGUAUUUACUUCCUUAUUUAUUUAUUUAUUUAUUUUAGGCCAUUCUUGUAUGCCAAAUUCUGUUAAAACAGUAAUACAUUCAGUUCCUUUUUAUGCAUGCUUAGAUCAUGACCUUGGCACCCUUUCAAAAAAAUUUUUCAAGUAGGGAUUAAUGCCAUAGGUUUUACAAAGAAAGAUUGUUUUCAGUUUUUUAAGGGAAAUUUUUAAAAAUUGAAUUUUGUGACUGUAAAGGAAUUAAUAUUCACCUCUAAAGAACUUAUAAUGUGUAAUUCUUCCUUUUAACCCACAGGGAAAAUAAGCAUUUUUAUUCCCAGAAAAAAAGUGCUGAAAGUAGCUUUUAUAUAGUCAAAAGUUCAACUGGAAAAAGAUCUUAAUCCUUGUUUUGGUUAGGUACAUAAAUAUUUGUUAUAAAGUAACUAGAGUAGUUCAUUACCUUUUCCCUUCUAAAUUUUAAAUAUAUGCAAAUACAUAUACAUAUAUAUAUGUCAUUGGAUACCUGCAGUGGAUAAUUUGUUCACAUUCUAAAACAGGUAUCUAGUGACUGCUUAAUUCCCAGAUUGCAUCAAAGACAAAAUGACAAAUAAUGGAAAUUAAUAGUGAUAUGAAAACAGUAUGUAACUACAUGUUGUUUCUGGUAAUCAAGUCUUAUUUUUUAAAAAGCCUAUUGUUUUUGAGAAAUGAGAUAUUUAAAACUUGUUAAAACUUCUUAAAAAUAGAAGAGGAGAGGAGGUACUGUGUGUUCAAAAUUUUUUUUAAAUAAAGAAUUCAGUGUCACUAGUUUAAGCCUUUAUGGUUACUGCUGCUUAUGUUUCUCUAUCUCACUUUUAUUAAUUUUUUUUGUACAUAGCUGAAUGUUUUAAAUUUACAAUUGUUAGUGUAUAUAAAUUGGUUUUCAAAAAAACUGAGAAUUAACCAUAUUUUACUUUUUUGAAGAUUCUUUCUCAAAAUCAGCUAUAGUACUAUUCUGUUACGCAUGGUUGAGAUCUGUCUGAAGUAGGUGAGGUGUCUUUUAAUCUCUGCCAACUGACCUCAGUCAUCUUUGCAGUCCUUUUAAAAAUUUUAACACCCCUUUUAUUUUUAUUUAUUUUUUACUGUCUCAAAUUUGCAGUGUAUCAGUGUUCAACAAACACUUCGCUUUUCUGGCUUCUAAAUUUUCUUUUAAAUGUUAGGGAAUCUAAAGAAAGAAGAUUUAUAAUUACAUCAGAAAUUUUUUAAGGCUUUAAAAGAAUUCUUCCUAUAAAUAAAAUAGAUGUUCUUGGCACCUAAUUUCAUUCAUAAAAAAAAAUGGUUAAAUUUGUUGAAUAAUUGACCUAAAUGAGCUGUUAGUCCUAAUUUAUUUCUUUGGUACUAUAUGGGAAUUUCACUUCUUUUCUUUUUGGGUGGUGUCUCUUCCAAAGCCUACUUAUUGCUCAAAUGAAUGAAUUAUUGGUUUUUCCAUUUAAUUCUUCAAAUCAUUUUGAGAUGAGUUAUUUUUCUAAAAUAAUUUAUGGAAGACUUUUGCUUACAUUGUGCAUUAAUUUAAAGACAAGAUUAUAUAUAGCUUAUCAUAGACAUGUGGAAUCUAAAUAUGUACUUCAACUUAGCUCUCUGUCCUAAUUGAAGUUAAUGGUUCUAUGAUCCUGGUAAGUGAUGUGUAAAUUGUAAAUUUAAUUCUCAAAUUUAGUAUUCAGGCUUGUAUUUGGUGACAAGUUUCCAGAAUGACUAUAUGACAGUCUUUUUUAAGACAUUUUUUUGUUGUUGAUAAAAUAGUUAUCUGAGGCUAUUUUGAAUAUUUGGAAGGAAUGACUGAAUAGAAGCUGAUCUAAACAUACUUCAGCUCCAGUUGUACAUGUUGAGUGAAGAAUUGGCGGGAAGGUAAUCCAGUUCUUGUUCUGUUUCUUGGCACAUGAUACUAUCUGGAUUUUUGAGGAAAGGUUUAAACUGUUUUAUCCCCCUCGCCCCCUGCCCCAAAGGCAAAAGCCUAAUUUAAAAAUUUCCUGAACUUUGACUUAGUAGCACAAUUUGUCAGAUUUCCUAAUAUAUGGAAAGAGCGAAUAAUCCUGCCUGUUAUUUGAAGCCUGAAAGAGACUGUUAAGUAACUUAGUAGGUUUUAUCAGAUACCAUGAAAAUGCAAGUCUCUUCCUAGUUAACUAUAGUUUACAUAAAUGCAAAUUAAUUAUCAGGCUCCGGGUAAAAGAAUUAUUUGAGUGGAUUAUUGGGUUAAUUAUCUAGUAGCAAAGAAAUAAGUGCAUGUUCAGAUCAAAAUGAAUUUGUUUUAGUUGGUACAAUUUUUCUUUUGAUAUUCAGAAAUACAGGUUGUGCGUUUUAUUAAUAGAAAUGGAAGCUCACGCUUGAUUUGAAAAGGGCGGAUGUAUAUAUUUUAUAAAUUCAAAUUGCAAAAAUAUGUAAAGUUACUACUUUUUAAAUAGAAAAAUGUUAAGACAGACAUCUGUUAUAUAUUUUUAAAUACAUGUAUCAAACUUUUGUUAGUUGAAUAUAGGUUACUUUGUGUGCUUAAUGGAAUUCAGUAACUUUUAAUAAUAAAGCAGUUGUCAUUUGA